AAGCCGAGGAAACAAAAAUGCCACUCGGAGACGACAAAUCGGGACACCGUCAACCGAUCGGCCUCCUCAAGAAACAGCUCGAGGCUUCCUUGGCUAUAAACAAUUCAUUGGUGAAAGAAAAUCAGGACCUAAAACAGGAGGUAGCUCGUUUGAAAGCACAUAUCAGUUCCCUCAAGGCACAUGACAAUGAGAGAAGAUCAUUGCUUUGGAAGAAGUUGCAUAACUCCAAGGAGGACAUCAAUUCGGACGCGUUGCAGCAGAAAUCAUCGGAUUUCGUCGAUUCGGAAAAUGUGUAUCCAAGGCCGAUUUUCCAGGAUUUGGCUAUGAGAAAAGAACGGCAAUUCGAAGCACCAAAAUCACCAUCAAGGUCUCAUCAUCCUUUUAUCUCUGCAUAUCCUGAGGAAGUGAAUGAAAACAAAGCUAAAGCGCCAUUGGUACUAGCACCUCCAGCACCACCAUUGCCAUCGAAAUUGUUAGCAGACUCUAGAUCGAUCCGCCGUGUACCCGAAGUCGGGGAGCUUUAUCGUUCUCUAACGAGGAAGGAUGCCAGCAUUGAAAACAAAACCAACGUGACAGCAACCCCAUUGCUUGCAUUUACUAAGAACAUGAUAGGCGAAAUCGAAAACCGAUCAACUUAUGUCUCAGCUAUCAAAUCUGACGUCGAAAAACAAAAGGAGUUCAUAAAUUUCUUAAUCUCGGAGGUACAAUCUGCAGUCUUCAAAGACAUAUCAGACGUUGAAGUAUUCGUGAAGUGGUUAGAUCAAGAACUAUCUUCCCUGGUGGAUGAAAGGGCAGUUCUGAAGCAUUUCCCACACUGGCCGGAGAGAAAAGCCGAUGCGCUGAGGGAAGCUGCGUUCAGCUACCGAGACAUAAAGAAACUCGAAGCCGAAGUAUCAUCGUUUAAGGCCAACCCCAAAGAGCCAUUCAAUACAGAGUUCAAAAGGAUGAAAGUAUUGCAAGACAGGCGAGCAUGUAUAAACUGAGCUACUUGCUAUAAAUCUCGGAUAUUUGGAAUC